UCGCAUUCGUCCCCUCUGCCAACCGCUCACUCUUCUCGCCCCACCACCACACAUAUCGGAGCGUGGCAGCAUCUCCUCCGGUCGCGUCCCCCGUUCGUCCCAUUCAACCCAUCCCCUCCAUGCGAACGAAAGCCGAGAACGAAGAGGGAAGAAAGUGACUACGGUGGGGCGUCAUGAGCGAGGACGAGCUAUUCGGGUUGUUGGGCGAACGAGCGAGAGACGAAAAACUGAAAGAGGAAAGGACGGAAGAGAGACUCCGACUCGCCGUCGCGGCAAAGGGGGAGGGGAGAACGCAGGGAGAGAACGCAGCGAGCGCCCCACGGGCGACUCUAUAUUUUAUUGUCGCGUUUGCCGACGCUAACCGCUCCGUUCGACGAGGAGAGACACGUAGGGGAAUGCCUACGACGGGAAUUUCCGCGCGGGAAGAGAAGAGUGCAACGCACGACGACACACGACGCGCUAAUACGGGAGAAGCUACGCGUCGCGUAUGAAUUCGCGCGCGCGGGGAGGGUACGACAAGGAGAUUGUCGGCGGCCGCGAGAGAGCGUGUGGCAGAGGUGGUGCCGGUACCCCCACCAGAUCGGGCGCCGCGUCGACCUGGACCCUCCCACCCGUCUCGUCGACGGCAAACCAUCUCGCAAAAAUCGUUCCCCUUUCCGCGGAAGGAAAAGAACCACGGCGACGACUCUCUACCACCACCAACUGCCACCACCACCGUCAGUGGCGAGAGAGAGUUCUCUUGUCGGAGCCGUUCUCCUCGUCAUCGGGCCACCACCACUAGCGCGUUACUAUCGUUAUUCUACCCGCCAGCGCCAUCGGCACUGUACCCACGUCGCCUCCUCCUACGACACGGCGAUCAACCGUCAUCUCGCGGAAUCUCGUGGGUAACUUGCAGGGGGCCACGUUUCGUUCUUCCGCGAGCGAGGGGGACCCGCGUUUCGGGCAGUGUUCGUCACCGUGUCCGAGUGAAUGUGGGGCCAAGUUAUCUUCUCCAUGUGACAGUCCAAGUGCACGUAUAGAUAACGGAUAGAGAAAAAACGCUUGAUUGGAUCUUGGUUAGUUGGUUCAUCGCUCGGAAAAAGAGGAGGGUCUUACAGAGUGAAAGAGAAAGAGAGCGAGAGAUAGAAAGGAAGGGGACAACCAGAUACAAAGUAAGAAUAACAUAUACGACUGGUCUGGUCUUUGUCGGGGACUCUUGUGCCGGGAACGACCAACGAGCGUGUUGCACGAGGCCAACACGCAGCUCCGUUCAGUUCGUACUUGGCGCUUUCGCGGAGCACGCGCGAUCGGUAGCGCCACGAGAGCUGCUGUGGCGGAUCGGCAGGUAAGCGCAUCGCGGGCGCGGUGAGAACGAGAAGAAGAAGAGGAGAGGAGAAGAAGAAGUAGAAGAAUAAGAAGACGAGCGCGCGCCGCUCUUUCGCGAAUUCGCUGAGCGCGUGAUUGCGCAGGCCGUUGAGCGACCGGCUGCGUGGAAGGACCCGCGAGGGGAUAAAAAGAGACGGUCGGUGCGCGCGUGAUUCAGCGUCGCGUCCUCGCCACUCUCCCUCACUCAUUCUCUCUCUCUCUCUCUUUCUCUCUCUCUCCCUCCCUUUCUCUCUCGCUUCUCGUCAUUUCUCUCCUUUUUCAGCGGAGUCCCUCCGACACCCUCUCGCGCUCAACCUACCUACCGCUCUAUUUCUCUAUCCUCCUCCCUCCCGUUCCCCCUCCCUCGCCGCCCCGUCCCUCGUUCCCUCUAUUCCGUCCACCCUUUUCGCUCCCUCCCGUCGCGCUCCCGUGCUCUCUCGCUCGCACUCACGUCUACCUCCGCCUUCCUAUCCGCCGAGCGGAGGACUGGAUUCCGUCGAAAAGAAACGACGAUUCGGAGGAUAGUCGCGACCGAUCAUAGCUGGCGCGUCGAUCGGAUCAACCCAAGUGAACUAGCCGCCGCGACUAACCGCAUCGCGCGCGUACACAAGUAUCACGCGUCGCGCGCUGCGCGUGCCCUCCGCGACCUUUCUUUUUUUUGUUCCCUCCUCCGCGAGAGUACCCGAGGGGUAGCGCGACUCGUGGUGCGCGUCCGGCCAACGGCUCGCAUUCUUUCUCCGGGAGGGACCUCCGGCGCCCGGAGGUGACCCCCUUCGGCUCUACGCGAGUGUGAUCCCGGCGAGUGUUCACGCGGACUGUGUUCGUUCGACAGUUGUUCGUUAUACUACGGUUAGUUGUUCGGCACCUUCUGUCCCAGUUUUUCUCGUUCUUUCGCGAGUGUGUGUCCGACACGCGCCCACAAGUUCCACCCAAGAAGAUUUGAGAACUGACGCGACUGUCUCCAACUUGUUCCCGCGCGUGUUGACAGUGUAUCCCGACAGUGUGCAUAUGCCGGCAACGGACCAUCAGCGAUUCCGGCAGGAUCGCGUGCAGUCGAGCACCAUCACCACCAUCGGGUCGCGACGACGGGACGCGCGAGAGUGUCGUCGUCGUCGGUGCGAGUAGCACCCUCGCGAGGGUGGCGCGGUGAGAAGGAGAGAGAGAGGGAGAGGGAGAGAGUGCGAAACGCACGGAGGAUUCGACGAAAGUGACGGGAGCGUCGGGAAGUGACGAAAAUUCAGCGAAUGCCGUGGACUCUUGAAACGAUGAUCGCGUAGCGGCGCCUGAUCAUCACGGCCCUGAGCGGCCGACACAUCAUGUCACAGUUCUCCUUCCGAGGAUCGCCAAAUCUACAGUGUCCUGUGACAGUGAGCUCGUCGUUGGCGUCGUCCUCGGCCUCGCCGCCGACGGUCGCGAUCUUGAGCGCGGGCGGGACGUCUCUGGUGAGCAGCGUAGCCGCCGGUACGACAACGAAUCAUCCCCUGGACGUAGCCGGCUUGUCGCAAGCGAGGAUGGCGGUGACGAGCGCGAUCGUGAGACCGCCGGGUAGUCCCACCGCUUCGGUCAGCCCUUCCCAAGGUCACCCGCCGCCGUCGGCCGGCGGUCCCGCCGCGGCCAGAUGCUGCGACACCGGCCGACCCAUCUUCACGGAUCCGCUGACGGGCCAGACCGUCUGCUCGUGUCAGUACGAGCUGCUCGGCGGCUAUCAGCGUCUAGGUGGUCUACCCACGGCCGCGCUCUCCAUGUACAGCGCGCCGUACGCGGCCGCGGCUGCGGCCGCGGCCUCCGAGGGCAUGGCCGCGUACUUUCCCAGCCUGGGCGCCGAGCAGGCACCCUUCUACACGCCUACGCCUGCUGGUCUGGAUCUCAAAGAGAAUCUCGGCGCUGGAGCUGCGACUGCGUGGCCUUAUCCUUCGGUGUAUCACCCUUACGAUGCUGCUUUCGCGAGUUACCCCUUCAACGGUUAUGGCAUGGAUCUGAACGGUGCGAGGCGAAAAAACGCGACACGAGAAACGACGAGUACGUUGAAGGCGUGGUUAAACGAGCACAAGAAGAAUCCGUAUCCUACGAAAGGCGAAAAGAUCAUGCUGGCUAUUAUUACGAAAAUGACACUGACACAAGUGUCAACGUGGUUCGCGAAUGCGCGAAGGCGCUUGAAAAAGGAAAAUAAAAUGACGUGGGAACCAAGAAACCGUGUCGAGGACGAAGAUAACAAUAACGAGGACGAUGAUAGCGGGAGAAAGAGCGUCGACGAGAAAGAUCGGUUAGAUUCGAAAGACUCGGGUACAGGUUCCAGCGAGGAUGGGGAACGACCGGCGCAUCGUAUGGACCUUUUGCACGGCGGCGGCGGCGGCUCGGCCGGCGUUCAGGGUAGAGCCGAGAGCGAGUGGAGCGAGUCGCGAGCUGAUAGCGGCCCGGACAGUCCGGAGUGCCUGUACGAUCAAAGGGAGCCGAGGCAUCCGCUGCAACUGCAGCAUCCCGCGUAUCUCGCGCCGAGUCAUGGCCGACUGUUACGUCAUCCGUCGCCAGAAAGCACGUCUCCAGGUAGCCAGCACCAUCAUCUUCCGCCGAGCACCAGCGCGUCGUCCACGGCCAGCGCGGUGACCACGAAGCCGCGGAUUUGGUCGCUGGCGGACAUGGCGAGCAAGGACGGUGAUCAGCAGAACUCGAAUCCGGUCACCAUGACAGGUCUCGCGUCACCCUACGGCGGAACCGGAGGCGGAGGUGGCGCCGGUGGAGGCGGCGGCGGCGGAGGGGGCAAACUCGUCAGUCCUCUAGCCAGUCGACUUCCGCCUCAUCAUCCCCUGCACCCGGCGAUACAUCCGGGCACGCAAUUCGUAAGACCGCAUCCGGACUUUUACAGGAAUCUGUACGGCGCCUCUCAUCUCGGCUCCGGCGACAUAUCCCUACUCGAGACGUACUCGAGAACCCUGGGUGGACUGGGUGGAGUGAUACCACCGCCGUCCACGGCACCUAGCAUACUGACGUCCUCGUCCUCGUCCAUCUCCGCUGCUGGGACCGUGAAGCCUUUCUCGAUCAACGGGGCCACCAGUGCGGGAGGCGGCGGUGGCGCCGCCGCAGGUGGAGCGGCCGUUUUAUUAACAACCGCGUCCUCCGGACUGUCACCGUCGUCGUCAUCGACGACGUCAUCGGGCGGAUCCGAUCAAUCGCCCCAUCCGGCGGCCGGCGGUCUUCCGGCGACUCAGGAACUCAAAUCUCCUGGACGAGUGUGACUGAAAGACGCGACCGAUCGUUGAAAAAAAGAGACGUUUAUCGCGCGCGCAUGCGCGCACGCGCUGUGCAUCGACGGGCGGCGUUUCGUGUGGUGUGGCUGACAAUAAUCAGAGACUACAAUCUUGUAAUUAGUGUACAGUAAAACAAAAAAAGGUGAUGAUGAGAUAUACUGCCCCUCAAUCCGCUUCUCGUUCCUAGUCUUUGUUUUCUUUUUCAUUUUCGAUAUCGUUGCAAAUAUUCAUUUUUUAAAUCAUUUUCCCCUCUUCCAGGCCCUCGAGACCGAUAUUGAAAGUUUAUUUUCUAUACCUAAUUGCUCCGAAUAAAAAUGAAAACUCGUAGUAUACCAACUACCCAUAGUGGCUCUAACCGCGGUAUAACCACAGUUAACGUCAAACUUGUGACAGUACUAUUAUACAUAUAAAAAAAUGCUAUAAAUAUAUAAAGAUAUAGGAUAAUAAGAUUUGUAUUAUUAUCGUAUAUCUUUAAUAAUUAAAUAAUAAUUAAUAAUUAAUAUUAUUUAUGCGUUUGUAAAUAGUAGGAAGAGGCCCAGUAGAAGAGAAAUCGUCCGGCCAGUGUAUGUAUUGUAUGUAGAGUAGAUAUAAUAUUACUAGCAUACCUGAGAUCAUAAUUCAUAUUAAUGACGAUUAUUAUGAUUAUUAUGAUUAUUAUGAUUCUUAUGAUUAUUAUUAUUAUUGUUAUUGCAAUGUUUAUAAUAUUAUCGAUUCACAUCGUCGAUUCAGAUCGUCGCGAGCAUGACGAGGUAUGGAUUUUCGUUAAUCGCGACGACAGAUUGCGAGGGAGGCGCGUAGGUUCUCGUAAACGGUUGAUUCUCGAAUAUUCUCUUCUUCGUAUAAGUGUAUCCUCUCUUAUUUAUUGCGCUGUAAAGAUUGGCUCGUAAUAAUUUAAUCGCGAAUUGGAACCGACGCGCUUCGCAAUCUAUACCGCAAACAUAUAAUAAUUCCGUCGCGUCGUCUUGCUAUCACCGUUGUUGCGUAUAGGAACUUGUAAAGAGGAAAAAAAAACACAUUCUCUACACAAAUUGUGUGUACGAAGGACACCAACGGACGGCUUGCAACAUAUCAUGUCAUGUCACGUCGAGAGUGAACGAUCGCCAUUACCUUUUAGUCAUUCGUGUCCAAAAUUUCGCGCGAACUUGCUGAUGCCGUAUUGGCAUCCUGUGUCUCCUUUCGCAAUAAACGAAUCAUUACGGAAAACAAAUGAGUUAUCAUUUUUCACCCAGCUGCUUCUCACCAUCGCAAUUUCAUUCUUUUUCCUUUUUUCACCAAGAAUCGCUACUUUUUUCAGAGAUAUAUCACGAUCAUUAGCGAUAAUAAGUAUCUUAUAAGUAAAUUUGAGUUUAGUUUCAAACUCUCUCUCUCUCUCUCUCUCUCUCUCUCUCUCUCUCUCUCUCUCUCUCUAUGAUUGUUUGAAAAAUACUUUCAAGUAGCCUUGAACCCGGAGGAGAUAGAUUCGAACUUUCUAUGAGUAUCUCCAAGUAUUCGGACCUGAAUCAAAUAUGUUCGAAUCUGUUAAGUACUUAUUGUCAAGAGAAAGUGAGAGUAGGUUGAAUGGAUUGAAUGAGGAGUGUAAAUAUUAUUUUUAAUCUUGCAGGUACUUAAUUUAGGAGCACACUGAAUAUGAAAUAUAAUUUUUUAAGCGUGUAUUAUUCGAAUCCUUUGGAUUAGAAAAUAAAACUUGAUCAUUGGA